AUGAAGACAGCAACCAUCUUACUUGGUGCAUUUUCUUUGUUCUCUGUCAAUGUGAGAGGGGCCGCUUCUUCCUCACAAGAUACCUCUGCCUCUUCACACGAAGUUAGAGCGUCAUCUUACUGGGCUGCUGAGGGUACUGGUACGACUAGUCACUCAAAAAAGUGGGCUAGUACAGCUGGGUCCUCCUUAUCACAAGAUGCCUCUGCCUCUGCCUCUUCACACGAAGUUAGAGCGUCAUCUUACUGGGCUGCUGAGGGUACUGGUACGACUAGUCACUCAAAAGAGUGGGCUAGUACAGCGGGGUCCUCCUUAUCACAAGAUGCCUCUGGCUCUUCACACGAAGUUAGAGCGUCAUCUUACUGGGCUGCUGAGGGUACUGGUACGACUAGUCACUCAAAAAAGUGGGCUAGUACCGCUGGGUCCUCCUUAUCGCAAGAUGCCUCUGGCUCUUCCCACGAAGUUAGAGCGUCAUCUUACUGGGCUUCUGAGGGUACUGGUACGACUAGUCACUCAAAGAAGUGGGUUAGUUCCUCUGCCACAUCAUCUAAUGCAGCUGCGCCUGAUUUCUCCUGUUCCAGUUUACUUGGUGCAGUCGCUUUAGCUGUAUCUUUCUUGUUAUAG